CAUCUCGCAGAAGUCUUGCAGCAUCAGCCACCAUGCUGCGUCACGAACUUGGAACCAACAUCACAGCCAUCGUGAACAGGCUGGCCUCGGAACUCCAAAACACGUCUUUCUAUGCGGACUUUCUUACAGAUGUCCAGACGGCUAUGGCCACGCAGAACUUCAGCACGGAGCGUUUUAGCACUGAAUGCUACGAGUGGACCCAAGGCAGCUCUCUGGACACGCGACUUCGAAAUGCUCUCUAUCACCUGAUGCACGUCCAGCCCACGCUCCUUGCUAACCCUGACACGCCUCGCCAUGUCCUGAAGGAACCCUUAGCCUACGUCAGGAAAGCACAGAGUUCAUGGGAGCGUCGGCUUGUGAAGUGCGUGAACAGCAUGGCGACUGAACUGAGCAUUCCCCUGGCUCGACGACGAACGAAGCAGGAGAGAGAAGACGUGUCCGAGCGCUGGUUCGAACUCUCGACCGACGAGUCAGACCUGACCAUGAUUAGACCAGUUUAUGCACCGAAGGAUUUCCUCGAGGUACUUUCCAGCCUGAGGAACCCGAACUAUGAUGAGUCUACUGAUGAAAAUCUUUGGGGGUGUAUUCAGCUGCCCCUCAAAGUCAAAGAUUUAAAGGGCUUGGUAGAGGUGUACGGAGAGUUGGCAUGCUGUUGCAAGCACACAGGUCUGGACGAAACGGUACCAGGGGAGCAUAAGCCAAAUCUCACAUUGGCAGACGAAAGACUCAUAAUUGGCCAAAAAGUGGUGGAGAAGAACCACGGCCCUCUCAGCAAGGAGUUUUGCAAGACUGGAUGCCCCGCGGGACUCCGGGCGGUGCUGUGGCAUCAGGUUCUUGGACUCGAGGUCACAGAUAAGCACUGCAAAUACUUUGACGAAUUGAAGAAGAGGGUAGUGCAACAUGAACUGCUUGUUGAUAAACUGAUCAUGAAGGAUAUACAGCUGACUGCUUCGAAUGACGAUCAGUAUUUCGUGUUUGAAGACAUCCUUUAUCAGGUGCUGCUGUGCUUCUUCAGGGACACGGAGAUGCUGAGCCACUUCGAACACAGCAGCGCCUCCCCCCCUCUGUCCGUCGCGAGGGGUCAGACGCCCUCGCCGGAUACCCUCGUGGCAUACCCUCCCUGUGGGAUUAUACCCUUCCAUGGGUUCACGAUGUAUGCGGCUCCUCUCAGCUGUUUAUACGAAGAUCCCGUUCAACUCUAUUUCACUUUCCGGGAAAUGUAUUGCCGUUAUUGGUAUCGUCUCCACGUGGUAACGAGCCAUACCCAGGGCGCAGCAGCUUUGGCUCUUCAGUUUGAGCUCCUGUUGCAGAGUUCAGAAACACGACUCUGGCAACACUGCGCUGCGAUGGGGAUACAGCUUUUACCCAUUGUAUUCAAGUGGAUCGUGCGCGGGUUCAGCGGGUAUUUAAUUCCCGAUCAGCUGUUCAUCCUGUGGGACGUCAUCCUCUCCUGGGAGUCCUUGGAGGUCCUUCCUGUCCUCGCCCUCGCCAUCGUGAGUUUCAGACGCGAGAACCUCAUGGACGUCACCUCACAGCAGUCCGCGGAUGCCGUGCUGUCGGACAUCACAGCGAUCCGGGUGAUUCCCCUUUUGAAGCUCGCCUUGGCUUCCGACAGAGGACGCGACCGGGAGACCUAAGGCUUUUAGAAUAUUAUAUCUUGUUAUCUGAUGUGUUGACAGUUUUGCUCACAAUAUUUUUAAUUAGUUAAGGCCGUAGGAGUCGUUAGCAGGUUUGUGCAGUAUAUUUUUUUAUUUAGUUGAGGUCCUAAAAGACGUUAACAAAUUUGCUCAGUAUAUUUUUUAAUUAGUUGAUACCCUAGGAGACAUUAUAAGAAUUGCCCAGUAUAUUUUUAAAUUAUUUGAGGCCCUAGGAAUCGUUAAUAGGUUUGCUCAGUAUAUUUUUUUUGAUUAGUUGAGACCGUAGGAGAGGUUAACAGGUUUGUGCAUUAUAUCUUUUUAUUAGUUGAGGUCCUAGAAGACGUUAAAAGGUUCACUCAGUAUAUAUAUAAUUAUUAGAGACUCCAGGAGACAUUAACAGUUUUGCUCUGUAUAUUUUUAAUUAAUUGAGACCCCAGGAGACGUUAAAAAUUUCGCUUACUUGAUUUUAGUGGUCGUGGCUAUAUUAUUUUAGUACUUGACCUGUUCAUUGUUUUCCUCGGUAUAUUUUGAUGGGUGUGGUUAAUUAGAAAUAAUUGAAGUUGAGGUUCCUUAAUUAUUAUGAUAUUGAAUAUGUUCACCGUUUUUCUCAUUAAAUUUUAAUGGUCGUGGCUAUGUGGAAAGUAUUAAAAUUGAGGUUUCCUUAGCUAUGAUGAUGUUAGUUGUGAUAACUUUUUUCUUAUUGUUAGCUAUUUUCUUAGGUACAGUUCAGUGGCUGGAAAAAAUGACAGCACAACGGCCAGUCUUCGCACCAUACGAGAAAGUACAACUAUACAUAAUUACCAAACAGAUAAUUGAUAUUUACCAGAAUAAUAAUAAUAAUAAGAAAAAAUUGACAGAGGACGCGACUUUGAGUCAUCAGUUUUUCAAUAGCUUUGUUCAAAUUGUGCAAUGAGUAUUCCUUAUACGGACUUGCUUAUACUUAGAAAUAAAUACAUGUCCAUCAGUCUAGAUAUGCAUAAUAACCGGAUAGAUAGAUGAAUAACUAUAUUUCUCCGUGAGAUACGUAUUUACUUUUGCAUAUAUGCAUGUAUGUAUGUAUGGAUAUUAAUUGGACCUCGCACAAGGUUUACAAAACUAACCAUUUAUCUCUUGUUAUAUCACCAAUUAUUAUUUUUAUGGGAUAGGCUAAUUCAGUAGCAACUCGAGGUGCCAUGGCAUCUGUUUUGAUAAUUGUUCAAUGAAAUAAUAACCAUUAAGAUAAUUAUUUUCCAUCCUUUUUGAAAAACGAAGAGGCCAAAAUGAUCGACCAUAUUAUCUAUUGUGGUUAUCUGUAAAAGAAACGAGACAAGGUCCCUUGUUAUUAUUCCGUGUUAUGUAAUAUGUCAACUAUUUUGUUCAAUAUCUUCUAUGGGUAUUUAGCGGAUAGUCCUCGCGCCAUAUGAGAAAGUACAAUUAAGAAUAUGAAAUGUAGAUUGGAAACACGCCCAA